CGAAGAAGGAGCCGCUAACUGAAAACGUUUCGCAGCUACUGCAGCUCCACCUUCCUCACCUCCGUCCUUCAUUCCUGCGGGGAUGAGCCGCUGGUUCCUGCCGGAGCUCACAUCCCCACACGGGCAGGAUUUUGCACUGAAAGCAGCGCUCAGCAAGGCCAAGGAGAGCGAGGCACGAAAAGCCCAGGACUGUCCUGCUAGCAAAGGUUCGCUCCUGCGGAGCAGCUGAGCUGUCGGAGGUGGAAGAAGAGGGUCAGAGCUGGAGAUGAUACGUGAUUGCAAGUGAGAAAUUGAAUUGCAGAAGCAGAAAGAAGUUACAGGGACCACUUGCCGGGGGCUCUGAAGUGUAAUUGCUGCACAUGGGUGAAGGUUGAUCAGAUCUACUGCUUUACAAAGACUUCACAGCAGCUCAGGAAUGGCAGUGACCUCUUCAUCUGUAGACGAGAAAGAAGACGAGAGCACUUGAGAACCAGAGAAGUUACGGAUGCCCCAAGCCUGGAGCCAUCUAAAGCCGAGUCAGACACAGCCUUGGGCAGCCUGAUCUGGGAUUAAUUUGGCCCUUGAAGUCUAAAAUGUCUUGACGCUCCCUGAGGGAACACAAACAUGUGGGCUCUGCAGAGCAAAGGGAAGAACAGUUGGAUUGAGGAGAGAAAGCAGCUGGGAAGAGCGCUGAGCCACAAGCAGUGCCAUGUACAGUACAACCAUCACUUGGAAUUUAGCAGAGGGUGCCAGCGAUUGACAAACCACCGGCCUCGGCAGCUUGCGAGAUUGCAGAGAUCGGUGCUCCCAGCGUAUCCGAGUGAAAGAGUGGAAUACACACAGCUGGUGGAAAACGUGAAAUUACUAGAUCGCUAUACAAAUAGGAGGGCAGCAAGCGGGACUUUAUACCUGACAGCUACCCAUCUUAUCUAUGUAGAUGCUUCUGCUGAAGUCAGAAAAGAAACAUGGAUUCUGCAUCAUCAUAUUGCAACUGUAGAAAAAUUGCCUCUGACCACAGCUGGAUGCCCACUCCUUAUUCACUGCAAGAAUUUCCACGUGGCUCACUUUGUUAUUGGGCAGGAACGUGAUUGUCAUGAAGUGUAUACAUCCUUGCUCAAACUUUCACAACCAGUGAAACCUGAAGAACUUUAUGCUUUCUCUUACAAUCCUAAAAUGUCUAAAGAUAACCGGGAGAUUGGCUGGAAACUGAUUGAUUUGAAAGUAGAUUACCAGCGUAUGGGAAUCCCGAAUGACUAUUGGGAAAUAACAGAUCUUAAUAAAGACUAUGAGGUUUGCAGCACAUAUCCUCCGGAAAUUGUGGUGCCUAGAGCUGCUAGUAAGGCAACAGUGAUUGGAAGCUCAAGGUUCAGAAGCAGGGGGCGGAUUCCAGUGCUUUCUUACUUAUAUAAAGAAAACAAUGCUGCCAUAUGCCGUUGUAGCCAACCCCUCUCUGGGUUCAGUGCUCGUUGUCUGGAGGAUGAACAGAUGUUGCAGGCAAUCAGAGAGGCCAACCCUGGGAGUCCCUUCAUGUAUGUUGUAGACACAAGGCCAAAGUUAAAUGCCAUGGCCAACCGAGCUGCUGGGAAGGGUUAUGAGAAUGAAGACAAUUAUGAUAACAUUCGCUUUAAAUUUAUUGGCAUUGAAAACAUCCAUGUGAUGCGGAACAGCUUGCAGAAACUCCUGGAAGUGUGUGAAACCAAGUCUCCAUCGAUGAGUGAUUUCCUUACUGGGCUGGAGAACUCGGGUUGGUUACGGCACAUAAAGGCUGUAAUGGAUGCAAGUGUCUUUCUUGCAAAGGCUGUGAAAGAUGAAAAGGCCAGUGUGUUGGUCCACUGCUCUGAUGGCUGGGACCGCACAGCACAGGUCUGCUCCCUGGCUAGCCUCCUCUUAGAUCCAUUUUAUAGGACUUUUAAAGGCUUCAUGGUUCUUAUAGAAAAGGAGUGGAUUGCAAUGGGCCAUAAGUUUUCACACAGGUGUGGCCAUUUGGACGGUGACCCGAAGGAAGUAUCCCCUGUCUUCACUCAGUUCAUUGAAUGUGUCUGGCAGCUCAUGCAGCAGUUCCCCUGUACAUUUGAGUUUAAUGAACACUUUCUUCUGGAAAUCCAUGAUCAUGUCUAUUCCUGCCAGUUUGGAAACUUCCUUGGGACCUGCCAUAAGGAGCGUGAAGAUCUGAAAAUCUUUGAGAAGACCCAUUCUCUGUGGCCUUUCCUCUUACAGAAGAAGCAGGAAUUGAGAAAUCCUUUGUACAGAGGAUUUACAGCUUACAAAGAGCUUCAACCCAACACGCUACCUUUUAGUUUUCAGUUUUGGUGUGGGAUGUACAAUCGCUUUGACAAAGGAAUGCAUCCAAAACAGUGUGUAUUGGAUCAUCUACUGAGCUGCAUGAACCAAAAGAUAAAACUAGAGGACAACGCAUCUGAAUUGGAAAAUAAACUUCCUUUCCUUGAUGGUCCGUUACCCAGUGAAGCUUGCUACUUAUCUAAAGUAGGAUGUGCUGCUUCCAAAACAUCGAUGCUGAACACUCCCCAGGAUUAUCAAGGGGAGCCACCUGCUGUGUUGAGCAAUGGUAUCUCAGUUGGGGAUGCAAAUGUUACAUCAGAUGUGGAGCAGAAAAACAAAGAGAACCUGGCUAAUCGCCGAGACCUCCAUCGUAAUGACAGUGUUGAUGUUUUAAACUCUGAAGCUAAGGAUGGCAAGCCUCAGCACCAUUGAUCAGCUUUGAGAAUUGUGUUCAAUGAAGCAGGUGCUUGUGAGACAUGAAGGAUCUGUGACCCUGCCUGGGUGCAGAGCACCUGGCCAGUGCCUGCUAAGUGUUGCUGUGUUUGUUUGCAGGGCGCUGUGCUCUCGCUGUAGCAGCGCAGUCCAUGUUUGGUUUGGUUUGCAUCAUUUUGGGGCUAAAAUGAUGAAGAUGCAUACAGAACUGCUGAGAGGGCUAUCCUGAGUUACAGUAUAAACCUUAUGAUGUUUGUUUUAAGGCUUAGAAUUGUCUGGCAGUACUGCUAUUUUAAACUAGAAGACAUCAUGGCCAAUUAACGUGGGGUUUAGGAGUCGAUGCAGUAUUCAUGAUGGGAGUAGGAGAUGCAAUGCAUUUAUUCUCAGUGGUGGUGCAGGGUUAUAAAUGCCCUUCAUCUAAAAGUGAAAAAAAAAAAAAAAA